AUGCGAUCCAAGUUCAAGGACGAGCACCCCUUCGAGAAGCGUAAGGCUGAGGCCGAGCGCAUUCGUCAGAAGUACUCGGACCGUAUUCCUGUCAUCUGCGAGAAGGUGGAAAAGUCCGACAUCGCCACCAUCGAUAAGAAGAAGUAUCUGGUGCCCGCGGACCUGACCGUCGGUCAGUUCGUCUACGUCAUCCGGAAGCGUAUCAAGCUCUCCCCGGAGAAGGCCAUUUUCAUCUUCGUCGAUGAGGUCCUGCCACCCACGGCUGCCUUGAUGAGCAGCAUCUACGAGGAGCACAAGGACGAGGACGGCUUCCUCUACAUUACCUACUCCGGCGAGAACACCUUCGGCGACUGCGAGACUGCUUGA